AUUGUAACGAAACCCCCAGGGUCAUCUUAAGUUUCGUGCGUGAAGUGAGUUUUUCUGUUCUCCGAGAAAAGGUACCUCAGCCUCGAAGGGGCUCCCUUUAGGGAGAAUCUGUGUCUUCUCCAGGGUAAUUGAUCACCACGCACCCAGGGACAUCCGAUUCAGAGGAGAAGGGGAGCGAUCAUCAUGAAUAAUCAAAGCGCCGUGGCCGGGCUGCUGCAGGAGUGCAGGCAGGUCCUGGCCGGGCUCUCAUCAGGGACAGAGGACGUGUCUGAGGGAAACAAGAGGGAGUACCAGCGGUGCGGAGCUUCACUCUCCAGCGAGUUAAGGACCCUAAUCCAAGAGGCAAAGGAGAUGAAGUGGCCCUUCGUGCCAGAGAAGUGGCAGUACAAACAAGCCGUGGACCCCGAAGACAAAACAAAUCUGCAGGAUGUGAUCGGCGCCAGGCUGCUUGAGUUACUGGCAUAUUUGAAAGCCUCGAUCCUGGUCCGAGAUUUUACUACAGCAGCUGCUCUUGUGUUCCUGAUGGAUCGAUUCUUAUAUUGGGUGGAUGCCUCCGGCAAACUCCUUCAAGUCGCCAAAGGUCUACAUCGCCUGCAGCCCGUAAUCCCCAUUGCACCCCAAGUGGUUAUUCGCCAAGCCCGUAUCUCCGUCAACUCAGGGAAACUUUUGAAAGCUGAAUACAUCCUAAGCAGCCUUAUAAGCAACAAUGGAGCUACAGGCACCUGGCUUUACAGUAAUGACAGUGACAAAGUCCUUGUGCAGUCGGUGUGCAUACAGAUCAGAGGACAGAUUCUCCAGAAGCUGGGAAUGUGGUAUGAGGCUGCGGAGUUGAUUUGGGCCUCAAUAGUGGGGUAUUUGGAACUUCCUCAGCCAGAUAAAAAGGGAAUUUCCACUUCGCUGGGCAUCUUGGCAGAUAUCUUUGUUUCGAUGAGCAAGAAGGAUUAUGAAAGGUUCAAAAACAACUCUCAAAUUGACCUGAAUCUCCUCAAAGAGUUUGACCACCGGUUGCUGUCGGCAGCAGAAGCCUGCAAAUUGGCAGCCGUUUUUAGCCAAUACACCCCCCUUUUCGUGCUGACGGCUGUGAACAUCCGAGGCACGUGUUUAUUGUCCUAUAGUAAUUCAAAUGACUGCCCUCCAGGAAAAAGAAAGUUCUAUUUGUCCCAAGCCAAAGAGGCCUUUGAAAUCGGCCUGCUCACCAAAAAAAGCAGCGACUCAGUCGCCAGCAAGCAGGAGCUUCACAGUUUUGUCAAAGCCGCUUUCUGCCUUACCAUAGUGAACCGAAGGCUCAGUGGGGAGACAGAUGCGGUGUGUGCUGCUAAGCAGCUCUGCGUAGAAGCGAUGGAAAAGCUGUACGCUUAUAAAACGUCAUCAGAAACCCAAGAUAAAGGAGUGGUGGCUCAGGGGAUCAUGUCUCUUAUCAUGCAGGUUAAAGAGCAACUGGAGGUUCAAAGCUUCCCCAAUUCAGAUGACAGGUCUUAUGUCCCAGAGAAUUACAAAAGUUGCAUGGACAAACCUAUCUUGCAUGGGAAAGUGGACUUCCAGAAAAUCCUCGAAAGACACUCCCAGCACCAUUCUUCGCUCUGUGAAGUGUUCAGAAGUACUUACGAGAACCCGAAACACAAUCUGGAAGGGACCGAAACGGGAGCCUGCAUCACGGCCUUGAAAACGGAAACCCGAAACCUGGACACAGUGAGCACGGCCGAAGACGGGCCGGGCCUCGGGAAAAACGUACCUUCUUCGAGAAGGGAAUUCAGGAGCCGAGGAAGAGGGAAAUGGACCCGUUCAAAUGCAGUAGACGAAGACAGUCAGCCGCCGAACCCCAGCAAUCAAAGGAGGAUUCGUGUUCCGCCCAUAUCCAUGAGUAGUUCCAGCUCUUGGACCAAGUUAUCGGAAUCGAGUUCUUUAGCCAGCUGGGAAGAAGUAGAUUGUGUGGCCGAUGAAUCCCCGGGAGAAGGACAUAUCAGAGAAAAUAGCGUUGAGGGUGAGCAACAUCCCCGGUCCGAAGCCCCACAGGAUAAAGUGGAAAACAAUAGCCCCCAUUCUGUGUCUUCAACGACACCUCAACAGUCUCCCCAAGAGUCAAAGAGCGACCAUUUAGAGCCCUCUGAAAAUCAACCCAUCUCUUUUCCUCCCACCAAGACAGCAGUUUCACUCUCAGUCGAUGACCCAAGCCAGUCCAUAGGGCUGGAAGGGAAGAUGGGGACAGAGACAGGAAAAGACCAGGAGCUCAGAAACCGUUCGGCCUCAUCCGCAAACUCAGAGGACCUCGCUGCUUCUUCGGGCUCUAGCAGGUCCUGGGAGAUGGCCUCAUCCUUUUCUCCCACGAAAUCAGAACUUUUUGAAGAAAUUGACAUUUUAGCAGAAACCGAAUGUACUACCAAGGACGGCGCAGGGGAAGGCAAUGAGGUUAAAGUCGAUAAAAGGGGCACGGAACCUGCCCCUACAGAUCAUUCCGGGUGGGUUGAUCCAGAAGGGGAAACUGCAGAGAACACAGAGGAUGUGCCCUUUGACAUCCCUAGGCCUAGCACAGGUCAUUCCUGCAUAUACCCCUGGCCUAAAAAGAAAUCUGUCCCAUUAGUACGAAAUAGGUCACUGGAAGUGCACAGCAUUGACCCUGAAGCCGCCACAGAGGAGGAAAGGAAUGAGUGGGAAUUAAUCGGGGACCCAGCGAACAGCUCCCCACUCCUGAGUGACCCAAAGAAACCAGACCAAAUGGCUAAGGUUGCCCCAUCCCUCCCAGGCAGUCCGAUGCCUUCCGCCUUUCACUGUGACGAAACCGAAACCGCAGAGGACCAGAGAGCAAGGGAGGUCCAAAAUGAGCCUGUCACCAGGCGGAGUUCAGUCUCUUCUCUGAAGUCGUGGUUCAUGUCUGCCCAGUUUUCCAGUGGCUCUUCGGACCUGUACAGCCCAUCCUCAUUUUUGAAUUCCAGCAGCAGCUCUUUCGUGUCACUGCCAGGGAGGACAAGGGAAGAGAUCCUGGAAACUCGUUCUCUGGAAGAUGAUGACUAUGAUAAACUCUUGUCGGGGGUUGGGCACGACUGGCUACUGGAGAGGCUGCAGAGCACAGGGAUGUUUAAGCCCACUCAACUCUGCAGAGCUCACACUGCCCUUUUGUUAAAGUAUUCUAAGAAAUCUGAACAAUGGGUAGCCCAAGAAACCGUUGUCUAUUUGGGUGACUACCUAUCUGUGGAGAAGAAGGGCAAACAAAGGAAUGCCUUUUGGAUGCAUUUUCUCCAUCAGGAAGAAACCCUGGGAAGGUACGUUGGCAAAGAGUACAGAAAACAGAAAGGGCUCCUGGACCAUUUCCGAGAUGUGGAACGCCAAAUGACCGCCCAGCACUACGUGACGGAAUUCAACAAAAAGCUCUAUGAGCAGAACAUCCCAACACAGAUCUUCUACAUUCCAUCGACGAUUCUCUUGAUCCUGGAGGGCAGAAUAAUCAAAGGGUGUGUGAGCGUGGAGCCCUACAUCCUUGGAGAAUUUGUUAAAUUAUCAAAUAACACCAAAGUAGUGAAGACAGAGUAUAAAGCUACCGAGUAUGGCUUGGCCUACGGACACUUUUCCUAUGAGUUUUCUAACCACACAGAGGUGGUAGUGGAUUUGCAAGGUUGGGUGACUGGUAAUGGGAAAGGACUCAUCUACCUAACUGAUCCUCAGAUUCAUUCCCUUGAUCCAAAAGAAGUCACUUCCAACUUUGGGAAGAAAGGCAUUAGCUAUUUCUUCAACAACCAGCACGUGGAGUGCAACGAAAUCUGCCAUCGUCUCUCUCUAACAAGACCUUCGGUAGCCAGUCCUGUUUAGUCCCAGAAACAAGAUGGGUCUUAGUCGAAGAGCCUCAGCUGCCAGCACCAGUAGAAUUUCAGAACUGGGGCUAAUUCUGUAUGGUUUAGUCUUCCCUCUCUGUGGAAUUGCUGCAGGACUUCUGCCCUCUCAUGGAUCCAGCUGCAAAGGCAAAAACCAGGGAAUUGUCUCUGCCUUUAAUCCAUUUCUACUGACCAUCUCCAAGGAAGCAGCAUGGCCUAGUGGA